AUGAAGUCAUUCUCUGUUCUCCUUCUCACUGCCAGCCUGGUCUCGGCCGCUGCCGUUCCUGGCGCUGUCGUUGGCCGCUCCGCUGAGGUCGGCCAUGUUUCUGCCGCUGUCGAGGUCCGCGACGCCACUGUCCCUACCACCAGCGUCUUUGAUCCGGAGGAUGAUGGCGAGGAUGAGGAGGAGGAUCUUCCUGUUGCUCCCAUCACUGCUCGGGCUGAAGAGGCUCAGGAUGCCGCCAAGAACGGUACUGCUCCUGAGGCCGGCAAGCAGCCCGAGAACAAGGACGGCCAGAACCAGAACAAGGAUGGCAAGAACCAGAAUCAGAACAAGGAUGGUCAGAACCAGAACAAGGAUGGUCAGAACCAGAACAAGGAUGGCCAGAACCAGAACAAGGAUGGCAAGAACCAGAACAACAACCAGAACCAAAACAAGGAUGGCAAGAACAACAAUCAGAACCAGAACCAGAACCAGAACCAGAACAACCAGGAUCUCAUCAACCAGCUGCUGCAGAACGGUAAUCUGAACCAGGGCGUUCUCAACCCCUGGCUGGUCAGCAACAUUGGUCAGCUUGGUCUCGGUCAGCAGAUCAACGUUGGCAACCUCAACAGCAUCUCCCUCGCCCAGCAGAUUGCCCUCGUCUCGCAGGUCCAGCAGCUGCAGACUCUCCAGCAGCUGCAGCUCAUCCAGCAGCCUCAGAUCAUCACCGUUCUGAACCAAGGCUUCGUCAACCAGGGCGCCACCAUCGCCAUUGUCGGUUAA